AUGAGUGCCUUAUACAAGCGUGUGAAGGAUGCUCCUCGGCCCCCACUGCCGGUUCUAAUAUGCAGCAAAAUGUUUGUCUGCAUCCUGCCUGUGGCGCAAAUCGCAGUCGGUGCCGCAUACUUGGAGGAGUGUCCCCAGGAGCACUUCAUCCCCAUCUACCUGGUGGUGAUGGGGGUGUUCGGCCUGAUUCUGACCCUGCUGUCCUGUCUGCCCUGUGCCCAAAACCCCAAAGACGGCACCACCAACCCCCUCUACCGCCUCUGCACCACCUGGAACUCCCUCGCCUCCACUUUUGUCUUCUGCUGGUUCAUCGCUGGUAAUGUGUGGAUCUACAGGAUUUACGAGCCCAACUAUGUGAAGAAUGACACUGUGGCCGACUCCACGUACUGCCACAAGACCGUGUAUCUGUUCGCCUUCUGGACCACCACCCUGGUCUACAUCCUACUGGGGGGCUUCCUGGUGGGAGGCUGCUGCGUGCUCUUCUGCUUCUUCCUCUGUGGUCGUGCCGAUCCUGACGACUGA